UACAUCAAAAUAUUAUUAGUGUCAUUAAAAAAAUCAUUAUCACAUAUUUCUCAUUUCCAUUUUCAGAUAUUCAUCAUGGCUCAAAUUAAUAAUAGUGAUGAUAUAGAAUCCCGUCAUGGAAAAAGUUCCAAAAUUGAAUUGGUUGAUGCAGUAGGUACCGAAUAUGAAAAACAAGUGUGGUUGAGACAACUGACUCGAACAGAAGGUUGCUUUGAAUCACCGAUUGAUAUAAGUAUCACGAAAUCGAAAGAAAUUGAUUUACCUCCAUUGGAAUGGAGUAAUUUUGGAGCACCGCCAAAAAAGAAUAAAAUAACGAAUACUGGACAAACAAUAGUAAUUUUUAGUGCAAAAUGGGGUCAAGAGAGACCAUACAUUGCGAAGGGGCCUUUUAUAGGAAAAUAUGUAUUUUCCAACUGGCAUUUGCAUUGGGGAUCCAACGAUAUGGUAGGAAGCGAACACUCGAUUGACGGCGUGAAAUAUCCGGCAGAAAUGCACGUUGUAACAUUCAAGAGCAGCUAUUUGACACAAGAGGCAGCUUUAAAAGAGCAAGAUGGAUGUGCAACACUAGUAUAUCUUUUCAAGUUGCAGGAUGCUCCCAAUCCAGCAUUUCAAAUUAUAGUUGAUGCCCUGUUGAAUGUUCCGAAAGCUGGAACUUCCACUAAAAUUGACCCAAUGAUACUAACAACUUUCAUUAGAAUAUUCACCAGUGACUACUUCAUGUACUGGGGUUCAGUCAGUACUGAGAAGUGUGUUCAUUACAUACUUUGGCUGAUAACAAGAAUACCAAUCGGCGUGUCAUCGGAUCAGAUCGAUGCAUUGCGAUUUAUAUUUGAUGAAAAAGGAGACCCGCUUACAAGAAAUUAUAGAGAUGUAAGAACUGUCAGUGAAAGAAGUGUAUUCCACGUGUCUCCAUCAGCCUCGAAAUACUCUACCUUAUUACCUAUUCCUGCUCAUAAUUAUAAUAAUACCAUGUAAAUAUUUGGAUAACUAUUAAAUAAAAUAGGCCUCCGCC